AUGGGGAAAGUAUCGUUUGGGUUUUUGGGGUUGAUGCUUGUAGUGGUGGUGAUUGGGGUUGUGGAGUGUAGGAGAUUUGAAAAGGAGACGUUAGGAGGUGGUGGACUUGGCGGUGGGUUUGGUGGUGGGAAAGGUUUUGGUGGAGGGAUUGGUGGCGGUGGAGGUGCUGGCGGAGGUUUUGGUGGUGGUAUAGGAGGAGGCCAUGGUGGUGGUUUAGGAGGUGGCAUUGGUGGAGGUAAUGGUGGAGGUAUUGGUGGUGGUGCCGGUGGUGGUCUAGGAGGUGGUGCAGGAGGAGGCGCUGGUGGAGGAUUCGGAGGAGGACAUGGUGGAGGUAUUGGUGGUGGUGUCGGAGGGGGUGCUGGUGGAGGACUAGGAGGAGGCCAUGGUGGAGGUAUUGGCGGUGGUGCAGGAGGGGGUGCUGGUGGAGGACUAGGAGGAGGACAUGGUGGAGGUAUUGGUGGUGGUGCCGGAGGGGGUGCUGGUGGUGGUUUAGGAGGAGGUGCUGGUGGAGGACAUGGUGGAGGUAUUGGUGGUGGUACCGGAGGGGGUUCCGGUGGUGGUUUAGGAGGAGGUGCUGGAGGAGGUGCCGGUGGAGGAUUUGGAGGUGGUGCUGGUGGGGGCGGUGGUCUUGGAGGUGGUGCAGGUGGAGGUGCUGGUGGAGGUGCCGGAGGAGGAUUUGGUGGAGGAGCUGGUGGAGGUGCAGGUGGAGGAUUUGGAGGUGGUGCAGGAGGAGGAGCAGGUGGAGGAUUUGGAGGUGGUGCAGGAGGAGGUGCUGGUGGAGGAGCUGGCGGAGGAUUCGGUGGUGGUGCAGGCGGAGGUCACGGUGGAGGAUUUGGUGGAGGAGCAGGCGGAGGUGCUGGUGGGGGAUUUGGCGGUGGUGGUGGUGCUGGUGGGGGAUUUGGCGGUGGAUUUUAA